ACUGUCCAAGUUGAUCCCAGCCAGCAUUCGCAACGGAUCGUUUUGUCGUAAUCUCGUCGUGCUGUUGUCAUUCGCAUAAGUCAUGCAUUUGUGUUGCAGUUCCACAUUGUUGGUCGCCUGUUCGCUGGCGAUGUUGCGGCACGUUGUAGCAAUGCCCACAACCACCGCUUCAAUGACAACAUUGAAACCAAAGCUGGUUGUCGACGGUGAGGAGGAGGCGCCGCGGCCCAUGACAUAUCACUUCAUUGUGGAUCAUCGUCCCAGCACGUUGGGGCAGAAUUAUUACAUCAAGCCCGGUCAAGUUGUGGGCUCGUUCAGUUUGGAUUCGAAAGCGUUGCAGGUGCGGCACGAGGGCAGCAAGCGCAACAUUAGUAACAAGUUAAACAUUCUCUUCGUGGCCAGUCCCAAGGAAGAAGAAGCAACGCAGAGCUAAAACUGAUUAUUUAUGAAAAGCACUUAUUUUUUUUUAACGUUAUGUAUGACGAUAUUUAAAUCAAUUUCCGGUAAUUAAUUGAGUUGUUUGUUUGUUACAUAUUCUCACUGUAAUGUUAUUGUCAACGCAUAGCUAAGUUUGAUAUCACAAUUAAACAAAACAAAAGCUUUAA